UGAAAGCGUCUGUGCUUGAUCUCUCUCGCUCUGUGUUACUUGCAUGCAUUGUUAAACAAAUUGUGUUGAAAUCAGAAUGCCACAGACGAAUAAGGCUCAAACUCUCAGUGCCGGUGAGGAGUACGGUCCAGAGAGCAGAGAGCCUCCGCCACCGCGAACCGAUCCGCAGGUCUUUGGGACUGAUCAAAAUGACCCGCAGAUAAUUCAAUCACCAAGUGACCCGAAAAAAUACAGGUACAUUGAGCUGAGUAAUGGACUCAAAGCACUGCUCAUAUCAGAGAGUAAUGGAGAGGUGGGUGAUGAAGAGGAGGAAGACUCCAGUGAUGAGGGUGAAGAUGAAAGUCAGCAUGAUGAAGACAGGAAGACCAUGAACAAAUCAUGUGAAGGGGAGAGGAAGAAAAGCUGUUCAGAAAAACAGUCUGCAGCUGCUCUGUGUAUCAGUGUAGGAAGCUUCAGUGAUCCUGAGGAUCUGCCUGGUCUCGCCCAUUUUCUUGAACACAUGGUCUUCAUGGGCAGUGAAAAGUACCCAGCUGAAAAUGGCUUUGAUGCAUUUCUGAAACAACAUGGAGGAAGUGACAAUGCGUCUACGGACUGCGAGCGGACCAUCUUCCAGUUUGUUGUUCAGAGAAAAUACUUCAGAGAAGCACUGGAUAUGUGGGCGCAGUUUUUCAUUGGCCCCCUAAUGAAUCCAGAUGCCGUUGAUAGGGAGGUGGAGGCCGUGGACAGCGAGUUCCAGCUAGCCAAGCCAUCAGACUAUCAUCGUAAAGAGAUGCUGUUUGGAAGUCUUGCUAAGACCAAUCAUCCGAUGAGCAAGUUCUCUUGUGGAAAUGCUCAAACACUGAAGUAUGAGCCCAAAGAAAAAAACAUUAACGCUUAUGAGCGUUUGAAAGAGUUCUGGAGGAGAUAUUACUCUGCUCAUUACAUGACCCUCACUGUGCAGUCCAAAGAGAAACUUGACACUCUGGAAGAAUGGGUGAGAGAGAUCUUCAUUAAGAUUCAAAACAAUGGCCAGCCACGUGUAGACUUUUCUGAUCUUAAGGAUCCUUUUGAUACGCCAGCUUUCAAUAAACUUUACAGAGUCGUUCCUGUGAAAAAGGUUCAUGCUCUGACCAUCAGCUGGGCUCUUCCACCUCAGGGCAAACAUUACAGAGUAAAGCCCCUGCACUACAUUUCCUGGCAGAUUGCUCAUGAAGGUGCUGGCAGUAUAUUGUCUUUACUCCGAAAGAAGUACUGGGCUCUGGCUUUGUAUGGAGGGAACAGUGAGACAGGCUUUGAUCAGAACUCCACCUACUCCAUCUUCAGUGUUUCUAUCAUAAUGACCGACAAGGGCUUCCAGAACUUCUUCCAGAUCGUUCAUAUAAUCUUCCAGUAUUUGAAGAUGCUUAAGUCUGUCGGUCCUCAGAAGAGAAUCUAUGAGGAAAUCCAGAAGAUUGAAACCAAUGAGUUUCAAUAUCAGGAACAGACAAGCCCAAUUGAGUUUGUGGAGAACAUCUGUGAGAACAUGCAGCUUUACCCCAAAGAAGACUUCCUAUGUGGAGACCAGCUUAUGUUUGAGUACAACCCAGAGGUCAUCAAAGCUGCUUUGAUGCACUUGACCCCAGAGACUGCCAAUGUGUUACUGCUGUCACCCAAACACGAGGGUCACUGUCCCUUAAAGGAGAAGUGGUUUGGAACACAAUAUAGUGUUGAAGAUAUUCCCCAAGAAUGGCGGGAUCUUUGGACUGGAGAUUUCCAGCUGAAUCCUGAUCUUCAUCUCCCAGCAGAGAACAAAUUUAUAGCCACUGAUUUCCCCCUUAAAAUAUCAGACUGCCCUGACAAGGAAUUCCCAGUAAAAAUAAUCGACAAUGAGAGAGGACGUCUGUGGUACAGAAAGGACAACAAGUUCAAAACACCCAAAGUUUACGCACACUUCCAGCUGCUCACUCCAAUCAUACAGGAAUCUCCUAAAAAUCUGGUCCUGUUUGAUCUCUUUGUGAACAUUCUGGCUCACAAUCUAGCAGAGCCGGCAUAUGAUGCAAAUGUGGCUCAGCUGGAGUAUACACUCAUUCCUGGAGACCACAGCCUGUUCAUUAGACUCAAAGGCUUCAACCAGAAACUGCCAUUGCUGUUAAACCUGAUUGUAGACUACCUGGCUGACUUUACCGUCACUCCAGAUGUGCUUAGCAUGUUCAUUGAGCAACUAAAGAAGACCUACUUCAACGUCCUCAUAAAACCUGAUCGACUUGGAAAAGAUGUUCGACUGCAGCUCCUUAAACCCCAUCGCUGGUCUGUGAUGCAAAAGUAUCAGGCCAUCAUGACGGACCUCAGUGUGGCUGAUCUCAUGGACUUUGUGGAUCACUUCAAGGCUGAGUUAUUUGUGGAAGGUCUCGUACAAGGGAACAUUACAAGUGCUGAAGCCAAGGAAUUUCUGCAAUAUUUUAUAGAGAAGCUGCAAUAUAAACCUCCUCCAGUUGAACCUCCUGUAAUGUUUCGAGUGGUGGAGUUACCACAGAAGCCCCACUUAUGUAAAGUCCAGUCCCUCAAUAAAGAGGACGCUAACUCAGAGGUCACAGUAUACUAUCAGACGGGGCUUAAGAACUUGCGAGAACACACACUUAUGGAGCUGCUUGUGAUGCACAUGGAAGAGCCCUGCUUUGAUUUCCUGAGAACAAAGGAAACUCUCGGGUAUCAGGUGUACCCUACCUGCCGAAACACCUCCGGUGUCCUUGGCUUCUCCGUUACUGUUGAGACUCAGGCAACCAGGUUCAGGUCUGACUUUGUAGAAGGUAAAAUCGAACAAUUUCUGGUCCACUUUGGGGAGAUGUUGACCAACCUAUCAGACAAGGCUUUUCAAACUCAAGUGACUGCUCUGAUCAAGCAAAAAGAAUGUGAGGACACUCAACUUGGGGAUGAAAUGGACAGGAACUGGACUGAAGUCGUCAUUCAGGAAUAUGUCUUUGAGAGACUCUAUAAAGAAAUUGAAGUACUGAAAACUUUCACCAAAGACGAACUGGUAACUUUUUUCAUGGAGCACAGAAAUGCAAGCAGUAGGAAACUAAGUAUACAUGUGGUCGGAUUUGGAGUGGAGGAGAAAGAAACUCAUGGAGAUGAUCAGACUUCGAAUUGCUCAUCAGCCGCAGAGACUCAGGAUGGAGGAAUGAAGAAUUCCUCAUAUGGGAACGUGUCCGAGGUGACCUUUCUCCCUGCAUCACCCAUCCUCUCCAGUGCCACCAUGAUAACAGACAUCCGGGCGUUCACGUCUUCCCUCACCCUACACCCCUACCACAAAAUCCUCCAAUAAGACUGAAGUGCACUCAGAGUGACCUACUCCCAAGAGCCCUGGCUACCUCAAUCCAACAAUAUUGGGAAAACCGUUUUGGGUCUUUAUUUGUCUCAGUCGCAAAUGUUAAUAAAAGACAAGUUGGUUUUACUUGUAAUCUAUGGACUCUGUCACUUGAGCAAUAUUGGACGAAUAUCUAUAUGUAUAUGUAUAUGAUGAUCAUCAGGGAUAAACGUGUAUAAAAUAAAAUGUAUAGACUGAAUGUUGUAGAUUUUAUUGAAGAUGUAGGGGAUUUGCAAUGGAAUUUCUUUCUUUCUUGGUAAAAGUGUUUUAUCUUUAACAAAUCUCUUCUCAAAUGGAAAUGUAUCCUCAAUCCUACUGAAGAAAUCCCAGCUGGUUUGAGCUGGUUGUUGGUAGAUCAGCUGGUCUUCAAACAAAACCCCUCUAAAAGGAGACAACUGACCAGCCUGGGAGACCAGCAAACCAUCUUAGGCUGGUUUUAGCGUUAUUUAUUUAAUUAUUUUCAACAAGGAAAGUCUUGCCUCAGCUUUUGUUGAUAUGGCAUCUAGUAGGCCUAUGUUUUAUUCAACAGU